AUGGAAACAAUUAAAGCGUGGGAAGCAUUCAAGACGAUUGAUGGACGGUUCCAGUUUUAUCGCAUGGAAGGGGUUGUGCGCAUGAGCGACGGCCAGCUCGUCACGGCCCGAUGGAAGACGCGCACGCCCAAGCCACAAGGCGACGAUGCCUCGGCCCUCUAUGAUGUUCGGCCGCUUGAGAUACAUGACCGGGGCCCGGUAAUGCGACCGGAAUGGACGCGCUUCUCCGUCACGCAGGGUGGGUUUGACGACUCUCUCUUCUAUAUGAAGAAACCAACACUGCUCGACUACACCGACGGCGACCUGAGCGAGCGAAUUGCCCGCGAGAUUGCCGUCUACGAACGCCUCCGCGGCCACCCACAUCCCCACCUGGCCACGUAUCACGGAUGCUGCGUGUCUGCGAGCGGCCAUGUCGACGGGCUCUGCCUACAACGGUACCGUGUCUCCCUCCAGGACCUGUGCAACCCCGGCCGGCUCAACAAGAAAAUGUUUGUCGCGCAGGGGGACCUGCGGAGUACCAGCACCGCGCCGGAUCAUGUGCAGUUACAUCCCGGACACCUCGACGGCCUCUCGGCCGGCAUCCGCCAUCUGCAUCACCUCGGCCUCGUGCACAACGACAUCAACCCGGCAAACAUUAUGGUGGAUUCCGAGGGCGGUGCCGACGGCACUGUCAAGCUGGUUCUCGUCGACUUCGACAGCUGCCGCCCAACGGGGACCUCAUUGCAUGAGUCCAGUGCGGGGCGGACGCACGGCUGGCAUGACCCAGACGUGGCCACAGCAGAGGAAGACAAUGAUCUGCAUGCCCUCGCCGAGGUGCGCGUGUGGCUGUUUGGUGAUGUCACACAGCUGAAGGGGGAUUGGGCGUGA